AUGCUGCCAGCGUCGUGCUCUACCGGCGUCACGAUCGUGGUUGUCCCCGUGGUUGCGCUCAAGCAGAACAUGAUGGAUCGCUGCAAAGCCGCUGGGAUUGACUGCGUCCUGUGGGACAGCCAGCGGCCGCACAAGUGGGCUUCAAUCGUGCUGGUGGUGCCUGAGUCUGUGGCCACGCUAGCAUUUGAGCAGUUCAUUAACCGGCAGCGAUCUAUAGGCUGGCUGGACUGCGUUGUUAUUAACAAGUGCCACACCAUACUGGACUUGGUUAAGGGCUGGCGGACCAAGGUGCUGAAGCUGCGCGAGCUGGUUAAGGCGGAAACACAGCUCGUGUGCUUGACAGCGACGCUGAAACCCACAGAGGAGAGCAAGUUCAUCCGGCUGAUGGCGCUGCCGCCAAAGGAGCAGUGCGAGUGGUUUCGUGCACUAAUAAGCUGGCCUAACCUUGCGUACAAGGUGCACUGGUACAACUAUUAA